AUGGGCGCAGUGCAACUCUACACCCAUCUGUCGGUAGGAUGCAACUCCCGAUUCUCUCUCACCUCUGCUUGUCAACUCUAUGGACUCGAGUCCCCUACCGGCCUCAAUACACUGCUCCUCCUCGAUGCUGCACCCAUUCCUGUCUUCCUCUCAGUGGCCCCAACCGCUCUCGACUUCGUCGCCACACCCCGGACACACUCGCUGACGUCGACAUCCUUCGACCGCGUCAUUUACAGUAUUCACCCUCUACAUGACGACGCUGGCGCAGAGUGUAACAUAUCGUCCUCUGCUGAUCAAUGGGCUGCUAUCGACAUUCGAGCCCCUGACACAGUCGCCGAUGCCAUCUUGCUUUUCAUUGCGAUGACUCUCAUUGUAUUCAAGUUGUUGCUAGGACCUGAUGGAGGCUCGUCAAUGCUGGACGCGCUUCUUCAGAUAAUCUCUCGCGAUCGAGUCACAGAUACUCCACCACACGUCUCCGUCUGUCAGCAAGAAGACAGAGGAAACGGGCCCGUCCUCGAUGAUGGCAUGGAUCUCGGUGACGCUCCCAACGUGGCACUACCCGACGACGACGACAACGAUUUCUAUUCGAUUGAAGCUCAAAGCUAUAUCGCCCUCGACAAUUUCCUCGAGCCCUACACCAUCGUAACCACUCCAGACGACGUUUUAUGGCUCGACCUGGUCAUCGCUUCCUUGGUUGCUCUUCGUCUUGCAUCAAGUCCUCCAGCAGACAUACCUUCGGAAUGCGCUUGUGAGACUGCUGUCUCAGACGAUUGCACUACGGAAGAUAUCGAUUUCGAGGGCAGAAUUUCUAUCGAGAACGGCCAGGCUGAUGACAACGGCAGCAUUGCUGGUCAUAAUUCCGAGACACUGCCUGGCACGCCGUGCGAUAACAGCGCUCUCUUGGAUUCUACUUCGUUAUUACCGUUGCCGCUGCCCACGUCGUCAUCUGUGUCUGCCCAUAUCCCCCGGACAGACAUUCCCGAGACCGUCGUUGACACCAAAGGCAGGAAUGCGGCCUCUGUCGAAACGUCAUUUUCUGCUCAUUCUCCUAUAUCCCCGCCUCUUCCACCGCUUCGUAUGCGGUCUCGUUCCCUGUCAACACCAUCUUCUGCUCAUUCUCCUGAAUCCUCGCCUCUUCCACCACUCCAUAUGCGGCCUCGUUCCCUGUCAACGUCUGCGGCGGAUAAUUCUGAUGGCUGCUGUACCGAGUUCUCCGUAUGCCUCACCUUCUGCUCAUCGUCGAGGGCGCUCGCGGUCGAUCGACAGCCUUGGUACCGGUCGAGCGGGAAGGUCUUCCUCAGCUUCUAA